UCGGAUGGGCGGGGCUUGAGGCCGCCCCGCUCCAACUGCGGCCCCCCCGCGCGGCGCUGGGAAGGGGCCGGGCUGUCUGGAGCUUCGUCGCUUUCCGCUUCGCGACCGAGCCGGAGCUGACUGAGCCGGUGGGGCGUGGGGAGGCUGCCUCCAUCCUGGGAAGGGCUGUCACGCUCCUCCAUUGGGUCGGCGCGGGAGGGGGUCCUUUCUCGAGUCCCUUUUUGGGGGGGGGAAGCGCCUCCCACCUAUUUCCAUGAGUGCAACUCCCCACCUGGAAUAAGCGCGCGCGCGGUGGGCGGGGAGAGGACACUCUCGUGCCUGAGCCAGCCAGCUCUUCACUUGGGCUGCCUGGGGAGAGAUUGAGGUGCAUGUAAAAAGGGAGGGGUCUCCCCUCCCCCUCCCCCCAGCAGUUGAUUCAGGGCUCCUUCGCCCUUGCGGGGGAGGGUGUGUGUAGGUGAGACAUUCCGGCUAGAGUAGGGUGCCAGCCCGCCCGCCCUUUAUUUGGGCUGAGAGGAAAGGGUUGGGGGGCUGAGGCUUCCUCCCACCUCAUGGGGUGGGGGAUGGUUCCCCCCCUUCUUCAUUGAGGAGAGCCAGCUUCACCCCACUCUCCCAUUGCAGGUAGUGUGAAGCCUGCCUGAGAUGGGGUCCUUCUCCCGGGUGUCUCUCAGAUCUUGGGGUGAGGAGGGUCUGCCCCCUUGUUUCUAGAGAGGUAGCCGCUCGGAAGAGGUUGGGGCAGAGAAGCGCCUCCCCUUUUGCCCUCCCCCUCUCUUCUGUUGCCUUUAAAAAAAAAUAAAUUACGAUGGGGAGAUCCUGAGACAGAAGCACCAGCAAAGAGCAGAAAACGCAGGAAGAGAGCUUGAGCCUGAGGAGAGACAACUGGCCGACCUGCCCCACCUCAAUUCUGCCUGGCUUGGGAGUAAAGAAAACCUUAAAAAAAUAAAAAUACAUCUGCACUUGGGGUAGGAGGAAGGAACACUUGAAGACCAAACGCUUGUGGGGUGAAUCUGAGGGCAGCUGUCUUGAUCAUCACCCCUACAGAUAAGCGAGAAGAAAGUUGGAACUGGUCAGGGCUUCCUUGGAUAGGUUGGUUCGAGGUGGAAGGAGUGGGAGGGCUUGCCCCGUGCCCCUAUUUCUCACUAGACCUGUGCCUUUGCUAUGGAAGACGUCCUGCCUUCUGCUGUACUGGAAAUCUGCGUGCUGGUUGGAGUUUCCAGAGAAAAGGCAAAUGAAGUCCACCAGGUUGUUAAGAAGAAGCACGUGAAAACUUUUCCUCCUGUUGAACCAGAAGUUCUUUCUGUCUUUGUACCUCCGUUUAUCAGCCAACAGGAAUUGCAAACAACAAAUAUAAAUAAUAACACAUUCAAUAAAGCAAAGCGCCGUUCCUUUCGAAAAAAGAAAGAUAAAUCUAAGAUUGAAAAUGCAAGAACUCUGAAUGGGGCCCAUAAAGUUCCUGAAUAUGAAGAUGUUCCUGUUCCCAAAGAUGUUGAUCUUAAUGGAUUGCCUCAACUUUGCUUUCCAGGAGGAUUUUACAUAACAUAUGAAUCAAAGGAGGACCACAUUCAUUUCCUUGUUUUCACAGACGUCUGUGGUAAUAGGACAUAUGGUGUUGUUGGACAAUCUUACCAGCCUAUACAAGAUGGACAUAUCUCCAAUGGGCAGGUUCACUGGGACACUUCACAGACCUCUAAAACUGCUGCAUGCUUCGUACCAUUUGCUGUUUGUGUCAUAUCCAGAUAUCCGUACUUUAAUGCCCUGAAAGAUUGUCUGUCUUGCUUAUUAGUGCAGUUGAAACUUUACAAGGAUUUGGAUGUGGAUGACUGCAUAAAAGAAUUUGCGGCAAAACUGUCUUUAAUACCGACUCCUCCUCCAGGACCACUUCAUUUGGUCUUUGUCUGCUCUAUCUACUUUGCUCUCAGAUUCUGUCCCUUGGUCCACUCCUACUUGGACCUCCUUCGACCCCGCCCCCCGCCUCUGGAGUUCCUUUCUCUUACUGCAGAGUCGCCUGUGAUGGCAGCAGAUCAUUCGUGCCUUUGGACAGCAGUAAGGGUGGCUGAGAUAUUUAAUAUGAAGCCUCUCCAAGUAAUACUUCCAUCGCGGGAGGACUCCGACAGCCCAGUUAUUGAUCUAAAUCUUCAUCUUCCCUUCUUAUGUUUCAAACCAGAGCAGGUGUUACAGAUUAUAACAUGUAUUUUAACUGAGCGGAAGAUAGUUUUCUUCUCUUCUGAUUGGGCAUUGCUAACACUGAUAGCUGAAUGCUUCAUGGUGUACCUUCAUCCUAUUCAGUGGCAGCAUACUUUCGUACCAAUUCUCUCUCAUAAGAUGUUGGAUUUUGUAAUGGCGCCUACAUCUUUCCUCAUGGGAUGCCAUGUUGAUUACUUUGAAGACGUUAGCAAGGAAGCUGAUGACCUAAUUCUAAUUAACAUUGAUAACGGGGACAUUGCACAAUCUAAGUCAUCUGAAGAGGAGAAUGAAAUUCCAGAUAUCCCAUUGCAAGCAGCAGAAAUAUUUGUGACAAGGGUUGAAAGUCUUCAGCUACACUAUGAUCUAGAACUUUGCCGUCUUGGUUCCUGUACAGACCUUGGUGAAAUACAGUUACGUAAGACCAACUGGCAACAGAAGCUGAAUUCUGAAAUUCAGCAGAUUGCUCUGCAGUUAAUUGUCGAUAUCUUUAGGGAAGUAAAAGACCAUCUGAAUUAUGAGCACAGAGUAUUUAACAGUGAAGAAUUCAUUAAAACAAGAGCACCAGGGGAUCAGCCAUUUUACAGAAUGGUAUUGGAGACCUAUAUGUUUCAUUCUUUCCUCAAAGCUCGCCUCAACAGAAAAAUGGAUGCUUUUGCCCGCCUAGAGAUGAGAACUCAGACUGAAGAAGAUAGGUUAAGUUCAAUGCUUGAUAGUCCAAGGAGACUGACCAUGGAGAAAAUGGUUUCUAAAAGAUAUAAUCUUCAAUACAUGAUUAGUAAGCGCAUGGUAAUAAGUUUGCCUAAUCUGCAAGAUAUCAAGCCAACGGAUGUUCCAACUAGGAAUUCAUCUCUUCGGCGUAUAGACACUCAUCCUGCUACAAGAUCAACUUCGAAAUCAGUGAGCACUUUCAAGAUCCCAGAAAUUCACUACCCACUGCUGGGUCACUGUGUUUCCUCUUACUAUGCUGACUUUAUCAACCACCUCAGCAGAGCUAUAAACACUUUGCCCCCAGAUAAUUCUGCCCUUUUGGCAAGAUAUUUCUACCUUCGGGGACUUAUUAGUCUGAUGCAAGGAAAGCUUCUGAAUGCACUUUCAGACUUCCAAAAUCUGUAUAAGACAGACAUAAGGAUAUUCCCUACAGUCCUUGUGAGAAGAAUGGUGGAAAACCUUUCUCCGUCUGACCAUUCCCAAGCAGACCAGAAGCCAGAACUGAAGAGGCUGAUAAGUCUAGUGAUGGAUAAGCAAAGGGAGGUAAACAAAGUGGAUGACCAUGUGAAGAACUUUGAGUUGCCAAAAACUCACAUGCAGCUGGAUGACUUCGUGAAACGCAUUCAGGAAUCUGGGAUCGUUAAAGAUAUUGAUACUAUACAACGGCUAUUUGAUGCAUUAACAGUAGGACACCAGAAGCAAAUAGAUCCAGAAACAUUUAAAGACUUUUACAAGUACUGGAAGGAAACGGAAGCAGAAGCUCAGGAAGUAAACCUACCACCUGCUGUAAUUGAACGUUUAGACAAAAAUGAGUGUGUCUAUAAGUUAUCGUGCUCAGUUAAAACUAACAAAGGAGUUGGGAAAAUAGCAAUGACUCAGAAGCGCUUGUUCCUCUUGACUGAAGGAGGACGGCCUACCUAUGAAGAGAUUGCAGCUUUCAGAGAUAUAGAGGAAGUGAAGAGUACUACUGUUACCUUUUUCCUCCUCCGAAUUCCCACUCUGAAAAUAAAAGCCAUGUCCAAAAAGGAAGUCUUUGAAGCCAAUCUUAAAACAGAAUGUGACCUUUGGCACUUGAUGAUAAAAGAAAUGUGGGCUGGGAAAAAAAUGGCAGAUGAUCACAAGGAUCCUCAAUAUAUUCAGCAAGCACUUACCAAUGUUCUCCUGAUGGAUGCAGUGGUGGGUGCAUUGCAGUCCUCCUCCAAAAUUAUUUAUGCUGCUUCCAAACUAUCCUAUUUUGACAAGAUGAAGAAUGAAGUGCCCAUGAUGGUCCCCAAAACAACUGCAGAAACACUGAAGCACAAGAUCAACCCAUCGGCCGGUGAAACUCUUCCACAGGCAGUGGAGGUCUUGCUUUAUACACCAGGGCAGCUUGAUCCAGCAGAAAGGCAUGGAGAUGCCCAUCCGAAAUUAUGGUGUGCUUUAGAUGAAGGGAAGGUGGUUGUGUUUGAUGCGUCUUCAUGGACUAGACAACACUGUUUUAAAGUGGGGAGCUCUAAACUGAAAUGCAUGGUAAUGGCAGAAGAUAGCCAAGUCUGGAUUGGUUCUCAAGACUCCAUUAUCUAUAUAAUCAACACUCAUAGCAUGUCAUGCAAUAAGCAGCUUAAUGACCAUCGCUCUGAAGUUGUGGACAUCAUUGUGGAAAACCGAGACCGUAUGUUCAGUGAGGCAUAUUCGUGCAGUGUAGAUGGGACAGUGAUUGCUUGGAACAUCAGCACCUUGAAAGUGAACCGUCGAUUUCAGCUCCCCUGCGAAACUCUAACUUCCAUCAAAUUCCACAACAACCGACUUUGGUGCUGUAUUGGAAGUUGUAUUCUUGUAGUCAUGACAAAUGGGAUUAUUCGGCAUAAGGUCAAAAUGGAAGACUGUGCCGGAGAUCUGCCUAUGUCCUUACUCUGUUUCCAGUUGUUUCCAGAGAGGGACCAAGUUUGGGCGUCGUGUUCAGGGAGCAGUGAGCUUUGUAUCUGGAAUAUGACCGAUCUCUCCAUACCCUCCCAGAAGAUAAACCUGCAAGACUGUUCAGAGAUCACUUGUAUGAUGAAAGUAAAAAACCAGAUGUGGGUUGGCAGCCGAGGACGUUCUCAAGGCAAAAUCAAAGGAAAGAUCUAUGUGGUUGAUGCUGAAAGGAAAACAGUAGAAAAAGAAUUGGUUGGACACACUGAUACGGUGAAGGCUCUCUGCUCUGCAGAGGACAGAUAUGUUCUUAGUGGCUCUGGAAAGGAAGAAGGGAAAAUUGCAAUCUGGAAGGUUGAAUAGAAUCAGCGUUUUUCGUUUGUGUUAAUACAGUUGUAGAAACCUGGAUGUAAGAGUGGGGAUUCCGUUAGCUUCCGUUUUGUUGUAUUCUUCCUUCAGGGCUUCUUUUAAUUUAUUAGAUCACUUUUCAGUGCACAGUGUUUGUUACUCUUCAGGAGCAAACGAAGUUAAUUUCUCUUUAUAGCUGGUUGUGAUCCUGAACUGAGCAUUGAGCACUUUAAAAUUGAGGAGGGAAAUAACUGGGAAAUUCUUUGUAUCAAAUUAUAAAUGUCACUUCAAGGUAUUUCAAGUGGUGUAUCUUGUAUAGACUGCAUUGGGUUCAGUAAUGACAGUUCUGUGCUUCCUGAAAGAAAACCUUUAGAUAACUAAAAUGUUUGUUGCACUACUAGGGACCAUACCUGUUUGAAUUAUGAGCAUUGCCUUUAGAUUUGAUGAAAUGACUUAAAUUAAAUAAGCUGGUUGAUGCAGAACUGGCCUGCUUCUGUUGACUGAUCCCUCUGUUUUGGCGCCUACAACUUCUGCAUGACAGGGCGUCUUCACUGAAACAGAUGGGGAACCUGUUGCAAGCAGAGGGGCUCCCCCUACACCCGCAAGAGAUCACUGCCAGAGCAGGAUGUGAGUGAGUGAGAAUGGUGCUGCAGUCUUGGCCGGAUGUGGUGAAGUUGUUUCCCUUUAAAAGGCUGUGGCUACAUGUUUGUUUUUAACAAAACAGCUGCUACUGUAAAUGCAACACAUGAGGGGUUUCCACGUCCCUAAGUGUAGGGCUGCUGUCUUAUGUGUUCAACACAUUUCAGUUAGGUGGAAGGCGUUUGCAGCAUUAUCUUUCACAGUAUGCUCAUUUCGUUCUCAAUAAAAGCUCUUCUGCCCCUUUCAAGUGCUCUUAGCAUAGCACGUGCCUUUCAGAAAGUGUGUAAGUUGCCUUGUCAAGCACGUCAUGCAAAAUGCCGACUGAUGGCAAGUCGCACUUUGCCUUUCCCUCUGUGGCAGUUGUUUUCUUUCAGAGUCCACAACUGCAAUUAAGUUCUUCCCCUCCCAGUAGACCUCUGAUUGUGUAUAGAUGAAUGUAAAUAAGUAAUUCUAAUAUACAUACUGUAAAGAUUAGUUAUUUUUGUAAACAUUUAAUAAAAAGCUGUUAAAAACUAACAAUUUCCUACAUUUGGUAUAACUAAUGGAAAUAUUUCAGUCUUACAAUAAAAUGAUUGUUGCUGAGCUGAUGAAAAAAUUAGUAUUGAACUAAAA